AAGGACGAGGAAGAUGUGGAGGUGGAUGUUGAAACUUUGGAACCAGUUGCUGCGUUGAUGAGCAGGAAGCGUUCCGAUUCUCCGUCCGGCCGUUCAGGAACCACAGAACCGCCGGUUAAACAGAUGCGAGGUGCGCGCGAUUCGAACGCGAGCAAUCCAUCUGCAGGAGGACUUACAUACACUAUCGAUCUCCCCGGGGCAUCCACAGAUGAUGUUCAUCCUCUGGUCAGUAGUCGGAGACCGUCUUCCAAGUCACUCAAUACUGAUGCUAACAAACACGGCGGUGCUGGGGGGGCCGGAUCCGGUCAUCCAUCCUCUGUGAGCUAUAAUGGUGGCCCUCGCAAAGCUGGAACGCGACAACGUGAUCGGAACAAAUCCCGGAAGUAA